AAGGCGUGGCCAUUGUGAAAUUAACCCGCGCAAUUCCCUGCGUUUUACCAGUUUCAAAAAUCGGGUGGUAAAAAUCCACUAUAAAAGCGCGAGCGAAAUCUUUAUCAGCACAAUUCAGUCGAACAUCAAUACAGCAGCAAUGGCUUACAAGUUCGUCGUCCUCAGCGCUUUGUUCGCUUACGCUAGUGCCGGCAUCGUGAGCGCCCCAGCCACCUAUGCCGCCGCCCCCAUCUCCUACGCCGCUCCCGUAGCUCAUGCCUACGCUGCCCCCAUUGCCCGUACCUAUGCUGCCCCCAUUGCCCCCAUCGCCCGUUACGCCGCUCCCGUAGCCCGCUAUGCCGCCCCUGUUGCCGUAGCCCAUGCCGCCCCCGUGGCCGUAGCUCACGCCGCCCCCGUUGCCGUCGCCAAGACUGUUGUCUCUGACGAAUACGACCCCCAUCCCCAAUACUCCUACGGAUACGACAUCCAAGACGGUUUGACCGGAGACAGCAAAAACCAACAAGAGACCCGUGAUGGUGAUGUUGUCCAAGGCAGCUACUCCCUCACUGACCCCGACGGCACCCGUCGUACUGUUGAAUACACCGCUGACCCCAUCAACGGAUUCAACGCUGUUGUCCACAAGGAACCCCUUGUAGCCAAAGUAGCCGCCCCCGUAGCUGUUGCCCCAGCUGUCGCCAGAGUAGCCGCCCCCGUCGCCUACGCCGCCCCCAUUGCCAAAGUACAUGCUCCUUUGGCUUACGCUGCCCCCGUUGCCAAAGUACAUGCCGCUCCUUUCCUCGGCUAAGCUUGUUAUUGUAAAUAGUAAUUUAUUGAAAUUAUUUAAUAGAAUUAAAACGCCUUAAAAAUAA